ACAAAUGCAACUCUGUCUAAAGCUUUUGUCAUUUGCUCCACUCGUUCCUUCAUGGUAUGCCUCGUUAGUUUUUGUGUUGUAGACUUGCUCUGUCUCUUCCACCAGCGCUCAGCAUCGGUAACACGGAAGUCACCACUUUAUCAUGAAGUCACAUAUGCAUCCUGUAAAGAUGUUUCUUCAGUACUUGCUUCUAUUCCUUAUGCUCCCACUUUGCAGCUCCACUAACACCAUAACUCCUAACCAGCCCUUCAGAGAUGGUGACCUUCUAGUCUCUAAAGAGUCCAGGUUUGCUCUUGGCUUCUUCAGUCCACGGAAUUCUACACUCCGAUAUAUUGGAGUUUGGUACAACACAAUUCGUGAACAAACCGUUGUAUGGGUUCUUAAUAGAGACCAUCCUAUCAAUGAUACCUCCGGAGUCCUCUCCAUCAACACUUCUGAACACCUCCUUUUGCACCGCGGAAACACUCAUGUAUGGUCCACAGACGUUUCCAUCUCAUCAGUGAACCCUACUAUGGCUCAGCUGUUAGAUACCGGAAACCUAGUCUUGAUCCAAAACGGUGACAAGAGGGUUGUGUGGCAAGGCUUUGAUUAUCCCACAGAUAAUUUGAUUCCCCACAUGAAACUCGUACUGGAUCGGAGAGCCAGUUUUAACAGGUUCCUAACUUCUUGGAAGUCCCCAACCGACCCAGGAACCGGGAAAAACUCGUUCGAGAUUAACGCCAGUAAGUCUCCUCAACUGUGUCUGUACCAGGGUUCAGAGCGGCUAUGGAGAACCGGUCACUGGAAUGGUCUCCGGUGGAGCGGUGUGCCAACGAUGAUGCACAAUAUGAUAAUCAAUACUAGCUUUCUGAACAAUCAAGAUGAAAUCUCUUAUAUGUUUGUCAUGGCCAAUGCGUCGGUUCUCUCGAGGAUGACGGUCGAGCUCGACGGUUAUCUCCAGCGAUACACGUGGCAGGAAACGGAAGGCAAAUGGUUCAGCUUCUAUACAUGCCCAAGGGAUCGGUGCGACAGGUACGGCCGGUGCGGACCGAACAGCAACUGCGAUAACAGCCGCACCGAGUUUGAGUGCACGUGCCUGACGGGGUUCGAGCCCAAGUCGCCGCGUGACUGGUUCUUGAAAGACGGCUCAGCGGGAUGCCUGAGGAAGGAAGGAGCGAAGGUGUGCGGGAACGGGGAAGGGUUUGUGAAGAUGGAAGGUGCGAAGCCCCCAGAUACAUCGGUGGCACGUGUGAACAUGAACAUGAGCUUGGAAACGUGUAGAGAGGGGUGCCUGAAGGAGUGUUCUUGCAGUGGAUACGCGGCUGCAAAUGUGAGUGGAAGUGGGAGUGGAUGCUUGUCUUGGCAUGGGGAUUUGGUGGAUACAAGAGUGUUUCCUGAAGGGGGCGAAGAUUUAUAUGUGCGUGUGGAUUGUUAAAAGGUAGACCUCGCUGAAAAUCAAAAGCAAUCAAAAGGUUUCCUUGCGAAGAAGGGGAUGAUGGCAAUUUUGAAGAUGAAAGACUCUCCAGGAGCUAAGGAGCAUGAUGAAAGUAGAACAAAUUUUGAAUUACAAUUCUUUGAUCUGAACACCAUAGCUGCAGCCACAAAUAAUUUCUCUUCUAAGAACGAACUUGGAUGUGGUGGUUUUGGCUCAGUUUAUAAGGGUCAGCUAUCUAAUGGACAAGAAAUAGUUGUGAAAAAUUUAUCAAAGGAUUCGGGACAAGGAAAAGAAGAAUUUAAGAAUGAAGCGACACUUAUUGCAAAACUCCAACACGUAAAUCUUGUGAGGCUUUUGGGUUGUUGCAUUACAGAAGAAGAGAAUAUGUUAGUCUAUGAGUACUUAUCAAACAAAAGUUUAGACUCUUUCAUUUUCGAUGAAACAAAGAAGUCAUUGUUAGAUUGGAGGAAACGCUUUGAAAUUAUUGUUGGAAUUGCUCGAGGAAUCUUAUAUCUUCAUGAGGACUCUAGAUUAAGAAUCAUACACAGAGAUCUAAAAGCAAGCAAUGUUCUACUCGAUGCCAAAAUGUUUCCAAAAAUUUCAGAUUUUGGCUUGGUUAGAAUAUUUCGAGGAAAUCAAAUGGAAGGAAACACAAAUCGAGUAGUUGGAACAUAUGGUUACAUGUCACCUGAGUAUGCGAUGGAAGGGUUAUUUUCAACAAAAUCCGAUGUCUAUAGCUUCGGAGUUUUGUUGUUAGAGAUUAUUACUGGGAGAAAAAAUAGCACCUAUUAUCGGGAAGGUCCAUCCAUAAGCUUAGUUGGAAAUGUUUGGAACCUAUGGGAAGAAGGCAAAGCCUUAGAUAUAAUCGAUCCGUCACUAGAAAAGUCAUACCCUACAGAUGAAGUAUUGAGCCACAUCCAAAUUGGGCUCUUAUGUGUCCAAGAAUCUGUAACAGAUCGACCUACCAUGUUGACUAUUAUUUUCAUGUUGGGUAAUAACUCUACUCUUCCUUUUCCUAAACGGCCUGCAUUUAUUUCAAAAACAACUCACAAGAGUGAAGAUCUAUCAUCCUCUGGUGAGGGACUUUUAUCUGUAAAUAAUGUGACUGUGACUGUGCUUCAACCUCGCUAAAUGCUUACACUUUCAAUUUAUCCUCCUUGACAAGGAAUUGUAUACACAAUGUCAUUAAGAGAACACCUUUUGAUUUAAUGAUCAUAGUUAGAUAAUUAACCAA